AUGGACUCCGUAAAUGUGUUCGAUAUUUACAGCACUCCUGAGGCUGCCGCGACUCCCUCGAGCAAAAAGAAGACAAGCAAGAGGCACCACGGGGAAAGCAGCAAAGUGCCUCAGGCGAAGAAGCCUCGCAAUGCAGGCCCUCCAGAGGAUAGGACCUCUGCCACCACAACUCCAUCCUCUCCCCGCAAGCAGCAGAUUCCUCCUACUAUAGCUGGACCAACUCCACCACCCGCAGCCCCGACCGACCAAACCCAGCAGGGCGAUCUUGCUUCAACUGGGGGCGACAUAACUGGUCGCGCCUUUAAAUUGGUCAAGGAGAGGGUCGCUAAGAUUGUGAAGCACGACCGUUGGCGAGAGGCAAUGGCUGCGACAGCGGCGAUGGAUGUUGACCUAAUCCUGAACCACGCCCUGAACGAGUUCACCAGUGCCAUGCUGACCCUCACUGUCAGCCGUAUCCGCUCGGGUGCUGUCACAGAGCAAGCUAGAACUUUGGAGCAACGACACGAGGAUGAACUUAAAGCUGCCGAGGCAAAAUAUGUUGAACAACUGGCAGUGGUGCUUGAGGAAAAGGCUAAAAUGGCUAAGGAGUUGGAGGAGAAGCAAAGGUCUCUGGAAAAAGCUCGUGAGCAGAGGGACCAAUUUAAGGAGUCUAAUCGCUUCAAUUUUCGCAUGGCCCAACAUCUCGAGGUGGACUUGGUUGCGAGCAGGCAGGAGAACACUACCCUGGAGGGCCGGAUUGAGGAGUUGGAGAAAGCCAACGCCAGCAACCUGGAAAGAAGUCCGUGA